AUGGAUCCAGCAUUGUUGAAAGAAAGGGAACUGUUUAAGAAGCGUGCUCUUUCUACUCCUGCUAUUGAGAAACGAAAAGUCUCUUCCUCUUCUAGUUCAUCUAGUUCUAAAAAGAAGAAAUUAAAGCCAGAUCAGGGCAAUUCCUCAAAACAAAGUUCAGAAAAUGCAUCUUUUGCCUAUAGAGCACUUCCAGGGAGUGCUGGAUACAAAUUUGGUGUACUUGCUAAAAUAGUCAACUACAUGAAGACCCGCCACCAGCGAGGAGAUACCCAUCCACUGACGCUGGAUGAAAUUCUAGAUGAGACUAAACUCUUGGAUAUUGGCAUGAGACAAAAACAAUGGUUGAUGACUGAGGCAUUGAUAAGCAACCCAAAAAUUGAUAUAACAGAUGGGAAAUAUGCCUUUAAACCCAAAUACAACUUAAAAGAUAAAAAGGCUCUUCUGAGGCUUUUGGACAAGCAUGAUCAACGAGGUUUGGGAGGAAUCCUCCUGGAAGAUAUAGAGGAAGGCCUACCAAAUGCACAGAAAGCUAUAAAGGUAUUAGGGGAUCAAAUUAUUUUUGUGACAAGACCAGACAAGAAGAAGAUUCUCUUCUAUAAUGACAGAACCUGCCAGUUUACAAUGGAUGAAGAAUUUCAGAAGCUAUGGAGGAGUAUUCCGGUGGAUUCAAUGGAUGAAGAGAAGAUUGAGGAGUAUUUGAAAAAGCAGGGCAUUUCCUCAAUGCAGGAGACAGGACCAAAGAAGGUGGUAUGUGUUCAGAAAAGGAAAAAACCUGCUUCUCAGAGAAGAAAAUUCAAGACACGCAAUGACCAUCUGGCAGGAAUACUGGAGGACUAUACUGAAGGAGUAUCUAGCAAAGACUAAUGACCCUGAACAAGGAAGUAGGAGGAGGAUUGACUGAUUCAUCAAAAGAAAUCCUGCAGUUGAUGUACAGCACUGGAAUACUGAGCACAACUUUUCUUAUGGUUACUUAUGCUUUCUGUAAUGGCUGAUUUAAAGAUUGUAAUUCUGGUUUUGCACAAUUUCAGUCAUUAACCAAUAGGAGUAAGGCAACAAAUUGUGGUUUUCUUUUUUGAUGGGUUUUUUGCUCAGUAAAAUGUGAUGUCUGUAUUAUAUAUUCACAACAUUUUCUUUUUUAAGUUCUAGAGUGGUUCUAGCAAUGUUAUACAAUAAAGAGUAAACAAGA